AAAAGGCACCGCCCAGUCGACCGUUGGACUCAUUUUCGAUUGAUUGAAAUAUCGCAAACCCUCUCUUCCUUCUCUCUUAGUUUACGAAGCAUCUUCAUUCGCAUCCAUAACCUGCUGUCAGAAUUCCUGUUUAUAAACACUACAACUCCAAUGGCGGUCCAAGCUGAUCUGAUUCAAAAUCAAAACAACCUUCAUUAUGAUGGAACUCUGCUCGGCGGAAAGAUUAGCAUCUCUAAGGCAGAAAAGAAUAUUGGUAUAUCAAGAUCAAAGAACUCGAAGGCUCUUCAUACAUCUAAGCAUUCAAAUGUUAGUGUUAGAAAAAUCUUGGGUGAUCUAACAAACUCUGAGAAACCACGGUCACAUCAGGCAUCUAAGAGAGCUCAAGAAUGUAAGAAGAUGGACUCUAUUAUCAUGGAUGAUCAACUUCAGUUAAAAUCACAAGUUCCUUCUAGUGAAAAGGAGGGUAUUGGAGGAUCUUCUAAAUCUGUAUCUUGCAUGGAAUCAAAAGCUGUUCCGAAACCUUCUGAAAAAUUGCAAACAGGGGGCAGGAAGGCGCUGGGUGAUGUCACAAAUUCACAAAUUCCCAGCUCUAUGGAACAUGAAGGUUUCAUGCAUAAUCACGGGGAUUGCAUCAAAGCAAGGAAGAGGUCAGAAAUGAUGAAUAUGAAUUACUUUCUGGAGACAAUUGGACAAGAUAAAUCUAUUAAGCUGGUUUCUCCUCCCCCUCUGUUUUCUUUCUCGAAGUCAUAUGAGUAUGACGAUGAUGAUCUGUCCCACUUGAAGGAAUGGAAAGAGAUACCCAAAAGUCCUCUAUCACGACCUAAAUCUACAAACUAUUUUCCCGAUUUCAUGGAUUUCGAGGAAGAUGAUGAAUUUUUGGAUUUAGAUUGGAGGGUGGCGUCUCCUGAUUUCAAAUUGAAGGGUUCUCCUUAAGAAUUGUAGCAUUGAUUGACAAAAACUCUCUUGGUGGCAAAUAGUAGCUCUACUUUUCCCCUUCAUGGGUUGCUUUGUUUUGUCAAGUCAAUCAACUGAUUGCUGGCCUCAUUAUGUAAUGAAUCUGUAAUAUGAGAAUCUGACUCUCUCUUUCACUUGUUUUUGUUGAAAUUGUAUGAAAACUGC